AUGCCGUGUAUCACGUGCUCUAAACGGCCCCGCUUCGCGGCUGUCGCCGCGUGUUGCUCUAUAAGUCAGCAGAUUGGGGUGGGAUGGGGUUUUUUUUUGCAUCCUACCUUUGGGGGCCAUUUGCUUUUCGUCGGAUACUCCAACUUUUUCGCCGAGGUGGUCCUGCAGGGUAUAGAAGUUUUUGGUCGAUUCUCUGCGGUGCCAGUCGUGGCAAGUCCCAGCCUUCGUUCUGUCAAGGCGGCUUUGCGCCGUAAGCGAGAAUGA